AUGAGUUGUGGAGGUGUGGUGGAACCUGGCGUCGACUGUGCCAGAGCUCGACUCUCCGACAUUCAAUUCAAAGAAAUGAGUCGUUGGGCGACUUGUGCUCUUGUCUGGUCGGGUUUUCGGAUAGCCUCAAUGCCGGCUCCGGUAAAAGCUCUAGCGGAUGAUAGGUCCGCCUUAAUUCGAAGGAAGUGUACUCGACCAGCUUAA